AUGUCGGAACUCAGUCAGGUCGUCGCGGUUGUCGAGACGAGGGCGGGCGCAUUCUCCAACGUGACGCUGUAUCACUCCCACGAGGAUGCGAAGGACGCAGGUGAAUGCGGGAGGAUGAGAUCGGAUGGCUUGUCUCACUUUGAGCUUCGCACACUCACGGUGAUGCCAGAGGGCGCAAGCAAUGCCGGCGCCACCGCCCUGACGACCAAGACCAGGACCAAGAAGAAGAAGGCCAAGGCCGACCAUCCCGCCAGUCCAGACAGUCUCGACGACGACGAGCUCACUCAACUGGGCACCGAUCCCAAGGAGAAGACUCCCAAGCCGAAGCGACCCCUGACCGAGAAGGAGCUCGAGAACAGGGCCGCUCGUCAGAAGGUCCCAACCGGCAGCCCAACGGCACUCCUCGGAUGGAAGGUCAUCUUCGUCGGCACGCUGGGGCUCGAACACAAAGCUCUAGAGACGGCCACCACCCAGUGCGGCGGCGAGGUGGUCAAGAAGAUCGAAGAGGCCAACUACAUCGUUGUCGGCAAGAAACCCGGCACGAAAAGCCAAGAAUUGAUGCAGAAGAGCACCGCCGACCAAAUCUCCGAAGCAGCCUUCAUUUCAUCGUUGCGCCCGGACGCUGAAGAUGAGAUGCUCGAUGGAUUCGCUCAGGUCGACAGCGACGCCGAACCUCCGAUGAAGAAGCAAAAGAAGAAUUGA